UGUUCCAAACCUUAUACGAGAGCUCCAACUCUCAACAUCUCCAGCAUGCAACGACAAAAUGGUGCAAGAAAUCCAACUGGAUCAUUAUGUAGAAAAUGUUCAGAAUUUUCAAAAUGAUCUACGAAGGACAGUAUUCUCGAAGCAGUACUUUAUGCUACACCCUGUAUCCGAACGUACUUGUGUGCGUGAUUUCAUUUGUUUUGAUCUGCGUGCGAUUUGACAUUUGUCCUGGCAUCGCAUUGUUGUCGUUCCAUGUAAACAAUCUCACUACCUGUUUCGGGAUGGCGAACAGUUUGCAGGGAAUAUUGUACGUCUGUCGGUUUUGUCUCUGCGAGAACCAGAAACUGCUUCUGCCCUUGGUAAAAACCUUCGACACUCUACUCACAAUCGAGGAUGUGCAACGGUUCACAGGAAUACAGCUCGAUGCGAAUAUUCUACAGUACGCAAUUUGUCUCGAAUGCAUCAACCAGCUGAAAAUCUCUGCCGACUUUCGGACGCGCUGCCUGAGCAACGAUGCACAGUUCCAGCAGCUGCACGACUUGCUGGUUGCAAGCGCGAACGCCAUCGAAACCAAAGCAGAGGACGGGAAAAGCCAACCGUCCGAUCUUGACGAACCAGAUAUGAUGGCUGAGCUCGACAAUUUCGAUGAUAGAUCGACGGAGUACAGCAUCAACGAUCCCUUCCGUAGGGUGCAAGGGGAAUGUUCCUUUCUGGAGGAAUACUUGCUAGACUCAGAAUCCGACAGCGUAAGGGUGGACGGCUGCCGCAGGACCAGCACUACCAAUCGCAGCAGCAGAACCGUUUCCGAACGCUUUGCGAAAGAUGACGAACAUUGCAACUCUGCCAACUAUAUCGCACCCGGUGAAGCGUCAAUCUCGGACGACGACGGCGUGUCGGACCCGGAGAACGGUGAAUGGAGCAGCUACUACUGGCCAUCCAAUCCACUGAUCGUGCCGUACGAGCGGGAACGCGGCAAGCGAAAGCUGCACCUGUGCAACAUCUGUGGCAUCUUCGUGAAGCACUUGCCGAAGCAUGUGAUCAACCACGAGGACGACAUCUCCGAGGCAUGCCCGCAUUGUCCGGUGCGAAUGAAGCAGAAAACUAACAUGAUACAACACAUCCAAACGGUGCACCUGAAAACGAUAAGCAAAACGUGCGAAAUAUGUGGCAAGGGGUUCAUUCACCAUAAAACAUACAAAUAUCAUAUGAUGUCGCAUCAGGACGAGGGUGGAACGUUUGAGUGCAAAGCGUGCUCGAAAACAUUUUCCCAUUCAAACGCACUGAAGGAUCACUUCAAUAGGUUACACAAUAUUGCGAGGAAACAAAAAUAAACCUUAUUGUAGUGUAUUGGGUGUUUGCUUCGCCAAAGCGCAUAGCUUAACAUUUGUUCUAAAUUGCUAUGAAUAAAUUAACUCGAAAUUUACCCACCUUCA